AUGUCGUCUCCUGUCUGGCUCAUCACAGGCGCGUCGAGCGGGUUCGGCCUGUCUCUCACGCUCCGGGCCCUCAAGGCCGAGCACCGCGUCAUCGCGGCAAUCCGCAGCAAGACCAAGUCCGCCGACGCCGUCCAGCAAAUCACCGCCAGCGGAGGCCAGGUCGUCGAGCUGGACAUGACGGAGUCGCAGACAAGCAUCGCCGCCAAAGUGAAGCAGGCCGAGGACAUCUACGGGCGCAUCGACAUCCUCGUCAACAAUGCGGGGUACUCGCAGCUCGGAGCGGUGCAGCACUUUACAGAGGACGAGUUCAUGCUGCAGUACCGGACCAACGUCUACGGCCCGCUCUUCACGACGCAGGCCGUCCUGCCGGGAAUGCGCUCACGCCGCAGCGGCCUCAUCGUCAACCUCAGCAGCGUCGGCGGGCAGGACGUGCUCGCCACGUGCGGGGCCUACAGCUCGAGCAAGUUUGCGCUCGAGGGCAUCUCCGAGGCGCUGGCCAAGGAAGUCGCCGAGUUCGGCAUCUCGGUGCUCAUCGUCGAGCCGGGCGCGUACCGGACCAACUUCUUCCACGCGCUGCAGCGGCCGGCGGGCGGCCGGCUGCCCGACGACUACAAGGGCACCGUGACCGAGGCCAUGUUCGAUAAGUUCGCGGAGAUGACGGGCAGGCAGCCGGGCGACCCGGACAAGGCCGUGGAGCGCAUGUUCCAGGUCAUCACGGGGGAGGGCAGCGGCGGGAGGUUGCGCGGCAAGGUGCUGCGGCUGAUGCUGGGGAUGGAUGCUGUGGAGCGCAUUGAGAAGAAGACGGAUAGGCUGCGCGAGGACUUGGCUGAGGCGCGCAAGCUGGAGGAGGAGUGGAGCACGCUGUUGUAG